AUGCGGGCGAUCGGGGCGCCCGCGGUGGAUCGCGUCCUCGCCGGCUACCACGGCACCGUGAUGGGCUACGGGCAGAGCGGAUCGGGCAAGACCUACGGGCUGAUCGGCCCGCACGGGGGGAAACUCCGCGGACGGGAUAUUCGUCGGCGUCUGGCGACCCCAACCACGACCUCGGCCGACCCCUUCCCCACCGCCGAGGAGGGGAGGGAAAGGGAAAAGCCCGGGUACGAAUUCGCGGAGUCCGUCGGGAUGCUCCCACGGAUGCUACUUCGGUUGUUCGAAGGCUUGGAGGCGACCAGGGGGGCCUGCGCGGACGGCGAGGCCGCCGCGCCGUCCUGGUCGGUCUCCCUCAACGCCGUUGAGCUUUACAACGAGGAGCUGCACGAUUUACUCCCCCACCCCUCCCUUUCGUCGGUCCCGCGACGACGCCCAAACCCCGCGGCGUCCGAGCCCGAUGCGCUCUUCGGGGCCUCCACCGACCCCCUCCACCCCACCCUCGCAGGGGGGCGGUCAAAGCGGGGGAGUUUGGAUCCCGCGCGAGGCGGCCGCGUCAACCUCGCGGCGACUUUCCCGAAUCACGAGAAAACCGCUCGGGUGGGGGUUUCCUCCCGCGCCUCGCCGUCCUUUCGCUCGACCACGUGUUUUCACCGGGGAGGAGGGGGAGAGGGAAAAGGGGGGGGAUCGAGGUCGCCAAGCCCUCGACGAGCCGUUCCGGUCUCCCAACGCGGGUAUCCCCGCCCAACCCUUUCUUUCGUAAGCGGAAACUCCCCCUCGGCGUUGCGGAUUCGAAACACCACGCGCAAAUUCCCCGGAGCGGCGAGCCUCUCCGUCGCCAUUGAUGGGAUGUGCACGCAUCGGGUUUGGAAUUUCGAGCAGGCGAUGCAGGUCGUCUUUCAGGCGUUGGUGGAGCGCAAAAUGGCCUACACGCGGCUGAAUAUCAACAGCAACCGCGCCCACACCCUUUUUUUCGUGCAUGUGAUUCAAAAAGACCCCCAUCCCUCCGGGCUCGUGCGGCAUUCCAUUCUCACCUUAGUGGAUUUGGCGGGGUCGGAGCGGGUAAGCCAGACCGGCGCGGAAGGCAUGCGGCUGUGGGAGGCGCGGAAGAUCAACCUCUCGCUGCUGCUCCUCGGCAACGUGAUUCGCCAUCUUAGCCGACAACGGCAGCCUCGCCAGGAGCUCUCGGCCUCGCAUCGUUCCCCUGCCGAAUCCGUCGGGUACAUCCCCUACCGCAGCAGCAACCUCACCCGACUUCUCAAAGACAGUUUUGGCGGCAACGCGAUUACGUUUUUGCUCUGCAACAUCUCGCCCGAUCUGCGGGAUGCGCAGGAAACGCUCUCGACGCUGCGCUUCGCGAGCCUGGCGAGGGAGGUUCGGAAUAAACCGAUGCUGAACACGCGCGCGCAGGACGCCUCGGAGUUCGCGGAGGAGAUUGAACGGCUCCGCGCGCAGUUGAAGGAGGCGCAGGCGUGCAUCGAGUCUUUGAAAGCGCAAACCAGCGCCGCCUCGAGCAGCCACACGAUGUUCGCCGUGCAUGCCAGCUCCAGCAAAGGAUCCACGACGAUGGAGGAGUCCGAUUUUUUGGGCGGCGAAGAGAGCACGCCGAAUCAGUUUUCGAACACUUCGAUGGAUUUUAGGCGCUCGCUCGGCGAUGGAGGGGGGCUGGAUCGGUCUUUGUUCGCGGCGGAGCGAGUGGAGCUCGCGAUGCAGGAGUCUUUCCGGGGGAUGUGGGAUCCGAGCGAAUCAUCAGGGUGGCAGCCGGUGUGGCGGGCUUCCAAGGGGGAACCCGCUGAAGCGCACGCCGCGUGGAAUGGGGGGGAUGCGGACGACAAUGGAUUGUUUAGCGUCUCGGACAACUCCCUUCUGCCCACCCUGCUUCUCCAACACGUCUAUGGGGUGUUGAGCUUUAUUCGCGUCGUAUCUUAUUUCAUCGAUCGCAUUCCGAAGAUCACCUCAGGACCCUCCAAAGUUAAACCGGGAGGGAAUCUCGACGGGGCCGCGAUCGUGGAGGGGCAGGGCGCGCAACAGCCACCCCAGCCGACGAAACCGCCUUUGCGGCGCUUUCCUUUAAGUCGUAGCAUUUCUGUGCAUUUCCAAAACUGCAUCAUGACUUAUAUCUCACGGUAUUUCAAAACUUUGAAUCACUUUAGGAAGUUGGAAGGCGAAAAAGGCUGGCGAAAUGGCUACCCCCAUGUCCGGGCAGAUGACGUCUUCGCCUCGGCGCUAAAGCAGUGCUUCGAUUUAAAGCUUCUGGGCUACGUGGAUGGCGACCGGAAGUCCGGGGGCGGCUACCCUUCCAAUUCUGCCCAUCAAGGCGACUGGGAAGGGAUGUUGUUAGGCUGCGCAGGAGAGCAGAAAUCUUUUCUUAAAAGAUUAUUCUACGGCCUUCGGCUAGCCCUUGCGAUGACGACCAACAGUAGGGAAAUCAUGUCACUCUAA